UGAGCGCGUUCUUCAGAAAACAACGUGACAGACUUUUCCGGAAGCGACACCGUUUUGACUUUACUUACUGCUUGUCGAUUUCCUGUGUCAUUUUGUAUGUGAUAUUUACAUACGUUGAAAACAAUGUGGAAUCGAUAUGUUGGUUGUUUACACCACGCCUUGAAGGAAGUAUCGAACCCAACUUGUCCUUCACUUCUUAUGAAGAGAUGUCAUCUAAAUUCAAAUGGCUGCACGCAGGGGGACAUUACUCGCCUACAAACUGUUUACCCACUCAAAACGUAGCCAUACUAAUUCCGUUUCGAAACAGGGAGGCACACCUGCGAGUUUUGUUAAAUAAUCUUCAUCCGAUUCUUCAUCGCCAACAAAUAAUGUACACUGUAUAUGUCAUAGAGCAGGCCGACCAUAAACCCUUUAAUAAAGGAAAGCUGUAUAAUAUCGGGUAUCUAGAAGGACUUAAAAGAGACCAUACCUGUUUCGUUUUUCAUGAUGUUGAUCUUAUUCCCGAAGAUGACAGAAUUCGAUACGGAUGUCCAAGAAGUCCCAUGCAUUUAUCCCCGGCCAUUGACAAGUUUAAUUAUAGAUUGCCUGACGAUAAUUUAAUUGGAGGAGUAUCAGCUUGGAAGAAAAGAGAGUUUGAAAUGGUCAAUGGCUGGUCAAAUGCCUUCGUUAACUGGGGAGGAGAGGAUGACGACAUGAGUUCUAGAAUUAUUGCCAAUGGAUUGUCGAUAUACCGUUACAGAGAAUCACUAGGUAGAUACACAAUGCUGAAGCAUAGACGCACUCCCAUCAACACUGCUAGAUUCCAUCUUCUGAAAGACAGCCAAGCCCGAUUUCCAAUAGAUGGACUAUCCAGUCUGGUGUACAUUUCUCCUAAAGUAGAAGUGUAUCAAUUAUUCACAAAAAUAUCUGUCAUAAUUUGAUAUUUUUCUAAAUGUAUUAUUGUAAAUAGAAUGAUAUUAAAAGUCAGUGUUGAAAGAGAAGAAACGUCCCAAAUGAUA